GUAAUCAUGGAUGCCAAUAAUGACAAUCCAGAAAUAUCUGAAUAGAAGAAGCAAUUCCUUAAGGCCUUCUUAAGAGUGUGGAAACUCAAAAAGGACUAAGAAUUAUAAUAGAAGGAGAAACAAUAAGAAUAACCACAAGAAUAAACAGAAGAAGUUUAAUAAGAAUAAGUACAAUCUAAGAGUUAAGUGUUUUCAAGAGAGGAAUAUGCUAAAGAUUAAUUUUGGGAGGAUAGGUACAAAGAACAUAAAGGGAGAUUCGACUGGUAUGUAGAAUGGCCUCAGCUUAAAUUCUAUUUGGAACAAACGAAAUUUUAAAUCACCAAGGAAAGUUCAAUCUUGAUGGUUGGAUGUGGUAACUCAGCCUUAUCUGAAUAAAUGUAUAAGGAUGGGUAUGAAGUUAUUCAUAUAUUUUAGAUAUCAUAAUAUUGUGUCAAUUGAUAUAUCUAAGACCAUUAUAGAUAGGAUGUAGGAAUCUGCAAUUAAAAAAAAUAUGAAACUCUAGUAUCUAGUGAUGGAUGCAACAUCUAUGGAUUUUCAAGAUUAGCAAUUUGAUAUUGCAUUUGAUAAAGGUACAUUAGAUGCUUUAUCUUGUGGUGAUGAUACUAAAAACUUAUUAUUGCUAAAGGAAAUGAAUCGAGUGGCAAAGUAACUCAUAUUUGUCAGUCACUCUUCUCACUAAAAAAGAAUUGUAUUAUUGUUGUUAUUAAUUCAAGAAUAUCAUGGAACAAGUAUUUGAAAAUAGAAAUGUAUUUGAAACUAAAAUUAAAUUAUCUGGCUAGGCUGAGUUAAUUAAUAUUAUUAGAACUAGAUUAAAGGAUAAACCUUUAAGUUAUGUAUUGAAAGAUAAAGCUUCAUUGGUAUAAUGUAUUAAUGAAUAUAAAUAAUCAUAAAAAUAAUAAAAAUAGGAAUAGUAAGAAGAAAUAUAUGAAUAUAUAAUUAUAAAAAGUGAAUAGUAAUAAUAAUAAGAAUAAUAAUAAUAAUAAUAAUAAUAAUAAUAAUAAUAAUAAUAAUAGUAAUAAGAAUAAUAAUAAUAAUAAGAAUAAUAAGAAUAAUAAGAAUUAUAAUAAUAAUCAGAAAUAGAAGAAUAAUAAGCAAUGAUAUAAUAGUAAAUUAACUUAUAAUAAGAAGAAUCUUAAAAUAUCUAAUAAGAUGAAAAUAGUAAUUAAGUUGAAAACAAUAAUGAAAAUUAAGGAAAUGAAGAUAAUUAAGUUAAUUAUGAUCCCAGAAGACAAUCUCAUUGUUAUCUAUAUAAGAUUUUAUGA